GAUUUUAAUAUAUAUGCUCUUAGUCGAAUUAGUAAUUAUAAUAUAGUACUUGCUUGUUUACUAGCGGAAAUAACAGGCAGUGUUUCUGCUGCUAUUAUUAUUAAAGAUAUGAUCUGUAGCUUCCCUGCUGUUAGAUUUGGGCUGAUAGUGGGCAUUGGUAGUGGGGUAUUAUAUUAUAGUGCA